AUGGCAGGAGCAGGCCAGAAGCGGCCGGUCCGAAUUGCGAACUGCGCCGGAGCAAAAGGCUCGUCACGACUACCUGGGGAUCCAGGCUACCAGAUGUAUCGACAAGCCACGGCGGGCGAGGUGGACGCCAUUACAGGUGAUUUCCUGGCCGAAUUCAACAUUGCCAUGAAUGCACAAGCCAUGCAGCGGGGAGAGCACCCCGGAUAUGAACCUUCUGCGUGGGAUGGCAUCGAGAUGUGCUUGGAAGUUCUGGCGCAGAAACGUAUCAAACUUGUCAUCAACGGCGGAGCACUCAAUCCAAGAGGCAUGGCCGAGAGGGCGCAGACAUUGGCUACUUCGAAAGGAUUGAGCUUGAAAAUAGCCUACGUCUCCGGCGACGACCUGCUCCCCCGAGCGCGUGAACUCCUGCACGCCGAAAAGGGGCUAGUGCAUCUCGAUGACAUCAAUCCUAACGUCAACCUGGCUAAGGACACCCUGAACUUUUUAGAUGACGAGACCAAAACUCUACUAAGCGCCAAUGCUUACCUGGGAGCACGGGCUAUUGUCCGCGGCCUACGUGAGGGAGCCGAUAUCAUCAUAUGUGGUCGAGUUGCUGAUGCCAGUCCUGGUGGCAUGGAUGGCAUGAAGACGAUCACAAAGAACUUGCUGGGGCUCUGGUGGCGGGACGCAAGUGACCCUUCCGUGACGAGGCCGUACGAGUACACUCUCUUGUUACUAACUUCGCCUUUAGACUUGAUCGAGUGCUCCGCUUAUGUGACAGGCUCCAACUUCUGCGGCUUCGACAAGUAUCCUCUGGACGACUUUGUCGAUCUCGGCUUCGGCAUUGCCGAAGUAGAUGUUGACGGUUCUUGUGUUAUCACCAAACACGAGACCCUCAAGGGCAUGGUGACCGUCGACACUGUCACCUGCCAACUCCUCUAUGAGAUCCAGGGGAAUCUGUACCUCAACUCGGACGUGACGGCAGACCUCGAGGACAUAGAAAUCCAACAAGUUGGACUGGACAGAGUCCGAGUUUCUAACGUCAAAGGCUUGCCACCUCCUCCAACGACCAAGUUCGCCGUGUUUUACAAUGCAGGUUGGACCUCGGAAAUGUACUUUGGGGCCUGCGGUCUGGAGGUGGAGAGGAAGAUGGAGCUCAUGAAGCGACAAACCAUCCUCAAGCUCAAAGAAUGGGGUUACUACGAUAAGAUGGACAUUCUCAGCUUUGAGCUUUAUGGACGGCCAGAGCCUAAUGCUCGGUCGCAGGCUGCAGCCACGAGUUUGAUCCGGAUCGUCGGCCAAUCCACCGACAGACGAGCAAUCGAGCUUCUAUCCAAGUCUCAAGACGAGAUGGGGAUGCAGCACUACCACGGCAAAUCCUUCAGCAUGGACUUCCGGAGCCGGGCCCCGCGGUCUUUCAUCGGCUACUUCCCCGCUGUCAUCGCCCAGACGCAGAUCCAGGAAGAGGUGUGCUUUGUGGACUCCGGCCUGGUCUUCAACGUCGGCCAUGUCGGCCACACGCGCCCGAUAGGCCAGCGGCGAUCCUACGAGACAGCCUCUCCCGUGGAUCUGGGCCGGUUCGGUCCCACGGAGGAAGACAUCCUCGGCCGUGUUGUGUAUGCCAGAAGCGGCGACAAGGGCGGCAACAUCAACAUCGGAUUCUUCGUCCACGCCGACGACGAGUUCGAUUGGCUGCGGUCAUUCCUGACGUGCGACAGGAUGAUCGACCUGAUCGCCGACGACUGGCGACCCCAAUACCAUCUCGAACGGGUCGAGUUCAAAAACAUCCGGGCAGUUCAUUUUGUCGUCUAUGGUAUCCUUGGGAGAGGAGUCACGAGUACCCCUGUUCUGGAUACCUUGGGCAAGAGCUUUGCGGAUUUUAUUCGAGCUAGGUCUGUCCUGUCUCCAUCCUUGAACCCAAUCGGUAAUACCUAA